AUGGUAUUCCAGCUCAUUUCGCGCUACUGCAGCUGGCUCGCAGACACCGCGUCCGACAAGGCCCAGGAUGCCCUUCUCACCGUACUCGCAGCAGGGCCGGUCCCCAGGCAUGUCGCCUUUGUCAUGGACGGAAAUCGCCGCUAUGCGCGGAUGCACAAUAAACGCGUUUUCGAGGGACAUUCCGAUGGGUUCCUCGCGUUGCGACGCGUGCUGAAGAUAUGCAUGCGCCUGAACGUGCGAUGUGUAUCGGUAUACGCGUUUGCUUUGGAGAACUUCAAGCGCACCCCGGAGGAAGUGCAAGCCCUCAUGAAUCUCGCAGAAGAGAAACUGCUUGAAAUGUGUCAACAUGGAGAGCUACUGGACGAAUUCGGCGUGCGCUUGAACGUGCUCGGCAAGACCGAGCUGCUCCCGCCGCGAGUCCAGCUCGCUGUGCGCAAAGCAGAGGAGAUGACGCGACAUAACGACCGUGCUAUCCUGAACAUCUGCAUGCCCUACGGCGCGCGAGACGACAUCACAGCUGCCGUAUCAUCAGCCGUCCAAGACGCCCUACAGGACCCUACCGCCCACCCAGAGAUCACCGAAUCCGACAUCGACGCUCACCUCAAGACCUCCCUUGCACGCAGCCCACCGCUCGACAUCCUAGUUCGCACCUCCGGCGUCAAGCGUCUGAGCGACUACCUCCUCUGGCAGUGCUGCGAAGACACCCAACUGCAAUUCUCUUCUACAUACUGGCCCGACUUUGGUCUGUGGGACUUUGUCCCCAUCCUCCUAGACUACCAGCGCAAGGUCUGGUCGCAAUCGCAACAGCCGUCGCUUUCCCCCUCGUCGUCAUAGCAUACCAUGACAGGCACUGACACGGGCACAACGCAAUCUCUCCUUUCGGUCUUCCGAAUGUCGUGGGAGGAGGGAGGAGUCAUGCAUCAUACGCACGGCCCCGCGGAUCCUGCCGACUGCACCAUGACAUCCGCCAUAUGCAUGUACCGUAGCACCGUAGCAUCGCAUUCAAUCUUAUCCAUCACUCACUCGGAAGAAACCGCUCGUCCACGUCUAAAUUCUAAUACCGUAGACACGGCUAUUUAUUCCCUGCGAUUAAGGCUACUAUACACGGAACUAAUGAUACAAGGAC